GUUUGUAAACAUGCCGAAAAACAAAACACACAAGUAAAAACUACCACCGGAACAGUCUACAUAACACAUUUUUCUUUCGGCCUUUCUUCUAAAUUUACAAGUGAAAAUUCAUUUCUUUUAAAUAAAAUAUAUAAAAAACUAAUUAUCUCACAAAAAUGGACGAGAAAGCAGAAGUAGAGCGCGAAACUCCCAGGGAAAAAAUGAUCCGGAGCAAAGGGCCCGGGCCGAAGUACCUGCUGCCGUCGACGGUGGGCUACGUGAAGCACGACGGCACGCGCUACCGCAACCCGGCCUGGUCCAUGGGCCACCGCCUGGACACGCGGCGCGGGUACGUCACUCCGGGGCCCAAGUACAAGCCCGCCGACAACGUGACCCGCUUCGGCUCCAACAAGCCCGCCGGCAUCACCAUGGGCAGUCGCCUGGAGCACGCCAAGCGGUUCCAGACGCCCGGGCCGGACGCGUACAGCCCGGAGUUACACCCGCACCCCGGCAGCCAGAACCCGCCCGCCUGGUCGCUGGCCAAGAGGCUGGAGUCGUCCAGGCGCCACACCACCCCGGGGCCCAACCAGUAUCGCAUCCCCACCACCAUAGGGCGGCAGCCGGCGGCGCCCGACACCAACUCGGCGCCCGCGUUCGCCAUGGGCGUGCGGCUGGACUCGGCGAAGCGCGGCAGCGGCUCGCCAGGCCCCGCGGGCUACCCCGCCACGCCCGCCACGCUCACCAAGACCCGGCCCCCGGCCUACUCCAUGGGCCACCGCUUCCCGCCGCCGGGCGCCAGGAAGGUGGACGCCGGCUUCCAGUACCCGGGCGACUACACGUGGAAGCGGCCCCCCGCUUUCUCGUUCGGCGCGCGCCACUCCGAGUUCAGCGACACGCUGCGUCUGCCCGCCGACGACGACUACCCCACCACGGGCCCGCCGCGCAAGGUGGACAUGGGGCCGCCGUGCGCGCCCAAGGCGUCGCCGCCGCUGCCGGUCGCGGCCUGCACCUGCUGAGGUCCGCGCCUCCAUCGGCACCCCCCCCCCCUCUCUCUCGACACACCCGCUCCCUCUCUCGACACACAACCCCUCCCUCGACACCCCCCUCCUCUGAUGAUACCCCCCUCCCCACUCCCUCUCUCGACACACUCUCUCUCUCGACACACAACCCCUCCCUCGACACCCACCCCCUCACUCGACACACAACCCCUCCCUCGACACCCCCCUCUCUCGACAUACACCCCUCCAUUGACACCCCCCUCCUCUGACACACCCGCUCCAUCGACACACAACCCCUCCCUCGACACCGCUCUCCUCUGACAAACCCGCUCCAUCGACAAUACACAUCCACAAAACACCACCAUACUCGCCAAAACAAAAAAGCAAAAUAAAAAUAGCAAAAUCUGCAACUCC